AUGAAUAUUUGUACUUGCAGUAAGAGACUAGUUUAUACAAUUUCUUCAAAUUCAAACUAUUCUCAACAAAUAUUUUUACCUUAUCAAUGUAAGUUAAUUUUAUACAUUUUGAAUUAGAACGUCUGUUCCUUAAUUAAUCUGAUUGCUAACUAGAUGGCAUCAAGGCGUUUCUUUAAUGCCUUUGAUGAAUGAUUGGAUGAGAAAAAGCUACUUGAUUAGUAGAUGACAUCUAAUUAUCCAUCAGGUUACCAAUCAUAAUGAAUUAAGGAACAAGGAAUAAAAUAUUACCAUUGAUUAGUGAUAUUACUUCAUGUUGUAAAUUAAAUUCCUGUUUACUAAAAUUAUUUUUAUUCAGGUAAAAUAUGGACCAAUUAUUCAAACAUACCAAUGUUACGUUAUGUUUCUAAUACUUCUAUUCGAGUAAAAAACGUACACUUAAAAGAACUUUUGAAGAGAUCAUUAAAAAUUACUUCAAUAACUUUGGGUGUAUCAAUUUUAGCAUUUGGAGGAUAUUCUCUAAGUAGGUUGAUAUUAUUUUUAAUUUGUAUUAAACAUAUUUAAUAGUGCCUACCUAUUGAAAGUUAGUGUAUAAGUAUUUCAUAUAUAUAUGAAAUAAUAUCUAUAUUAAUAACAAGUUUUACACUUUAUGGAUAUUUUUUUCAGUUUUAAUAUUUAACACUUAAUAAUUACUUUUAUUAUGAUAUUAAAUUGUAACUUAAUACCUAUUCAAAGUUUUUUAUGAAUUCUUUAGACAUGUGAUGUAGCAUCUAUUUGGAUUGUGGUCAUUUUAGAAUAGUUAAAUUGAUUUUUUAAUUGUUAUUGAUUAUAGACUAUUCAAUUUUAUCUACAGUAUGAAUCAUGUUGUAUGUUUUAGAAUAUAUUAUGGGUAUUAAACUAAAUUCAUUGUAGGUAUUCAAUGAAUUAUUAUUGUGCAAUAUAUUAAUCUUUAAAUACCUACAUUCUUUUUAGUUUAAUUAUGUAUCAUUUUUUCUUUUUUUAAUUUUAUUUAAUUUUGUAAAAUUAGUGUUUGAAGACAACAGUGGAAACAAAGAAUUUUUUCCAAUAGAAAAAAAAAAUGUUCCUUUUAUUAUUAAAAUGUACGAACGAAUAUGUUUUAGAAUUGAAUUUUAUCAUAAAGUAAGUUUAAUUAUUUUUACUUGUAAAUCAAUUUAGUUCUUACAAAUUUGUAUUACUUAGAUGUUCACAAUUCCUGCUACUAAUAGUUUAUUACCAGAUCCAAUAUCAGAUUAUUACGAAAAACCUCGAUAUACACUUGUAUUUGAAAUGACUGAUCUUCUGGUACACCCCGAGUGGAGUGUAAGAUAAUAAUCUUAACAAUUAUAAUUUUAUAUUUAUUCAUUUAAUUAUAUUUUAUUUUAGUAUAGUACUGGUUGGCGUUUUAAAAAGAGGCCAAAUGUUGAUUAUUUUCUGGAAAGAGUUGGAAAGAUGUUUGAAGUAGUUGUUUAUACAGCUGAAAAUGGUUAUGUAUGUUAAUAAUUUUAAUUAAAAUAAUAAUAAUAAAAUGUAUAUAUUGUUAACACAAUAUAUGUAUGCAUAUAUUUAUAAAUUUAAGAUUGCUUCUGCGAUAUUAGAUAAAAUUGAUCCUAAUGGUUGGAUUCAAUAUCGAUUAUCACGCCAAUGUACUGAAAUUCGAAAUGGUCAAUUAGUGAAAAAUAUGGAAAGAAUUAAUCGUGAUUUAGCCAAAGUUAUUAUAAUAGAUUGGAAUUCAAGUUGGACACAACUUCAACCUCGCAACACUCUGAUAAUCCCUCGAUGGAAUGGCGAUGAUAAUGACAACUCUCUCAUUGAUCUUGCAGACUUCUUAAAAGGUUUAAAUAUAUUUUCUUUUACCAAACUGUUUUAUUCAACAUUUAUAAUGUGAUAGUUAUCAAAUAUAAUAAAUUAUUAUUAUUAAUAGUAUGUUUAUAUUUAUAGUGGUAUUUGAAAAUAAUCAUAUUACUGAUGUUAGAGAAAUUCUUAAAGACUUCAGUCAGUAUGAUGAUCCUAUUAAAGUAUUCCGAGAAAAUCAAAGAAUAUUGGAGGUAAUAGUUUAUCUUAUUUUACUAGAAUUUAUUUUUAAAAUAUGAAUAUGAAAUUUGGUCGGACUAAUCAGCCACUUCUCUAACAGGUAUGUUAGAAAAAUGUAAGAAAUGGGAAGUGAUUAGAUGAUCUUGCCAGAAUUGGUCGAAAUCAAUAAGCUUCCUAUAUUGGGAAAAGUCUAUUUCAAGCAUAUUUUUUUUCAAAAAAUGUACAUUUUAAAUCGUUAUUUUUUUUUAGCAAAUAAUACAAUCAUUGUAAAACAUUUAUAUUUAAAUUAAACAGUAUUCAUCAAGUACUUAGUGUUAUUAUAAUUUAUAAUCCAAUUGAUAUAUAGGUUUAUAGGAUGUAUAGGUUUUAUUUAUUUUUGAAAAGAAAAAUCUAUUUUAUUGUUUUAGAAAGAAACUACAAUUAUUGAAGAUAAAAUUGAAGAAAACGAAAAAGAAAUUACAUGGUUUUCGUGGAUACCACGCAUUUAUUGA